AUGAAGGUCACUGAACGGACAAAUUCUGACGUUCAGAUCAUCCUCUAUCUCUUCGUCACGGUGACCUCAAAGCCACAGACACGUAGGUGGGGCCACGGCCCCCCUGCUGCUACAGCCCCCCCCCCCCCCCCAGCCAGACUAAAGCAUCCUGACACGUUAGCUUCUCCGGUUUGCCUCCCACCAGGUCUGUCCAAGUCUCUGGGCCUCAUCGAGGGCUUUGGCGGUCGGGGUAAAGGCGGCCUUCCCGCCACUCUGUCGCCGGCCGAGGACAGCGACGCUAAAAACCUGAGGGAGAAGUACGGCUACAACGCCUACCUCAGUGACCGGAUCUCCCUGGAUCGGACCAUUCCGGACCACCGGCCUGGAAAAUGCCGAAAGGUCGGCUAUCCGAGAGAUCUCCCCCAGAUCUCCCUCAUCUUCAUCUUCGUGAACGAGGCUCUGUCGGUGAUCCUGCGCUCAGUCCACUCGGCUGUCAAUCACACGCCGGCUCACUUGCUCAAAGAAAUCAUCCUGGUGGACGACAACAGCGAUGACGAGCAGCUGAAAGGGCCGCUGGAGGAGUACGUGAACAAGCGCUACCCCGGCCUGGUGAAGAUCGUCAGGAACCAGAAGAGGGAGGGACUCAUCCGAGCCAGGAUCGAGGGCUGGAAGGUGGCCACCGCCGAGGUGACGGGCUUCUUCGACGCCCACGUGGAGUUCACGCCGUCCUGGGCCGAGCCGGUCCUGGCCAGAAUAAAGGACGACCACAAGAGGAUCAUCCUGCCCUCCAUCGACAACAUCAAGCACGACACGUUCGAGGUGGAGCGCUACGAGAACUCGGGCCACGGCUACAACUGGGAGCUGUGGUGCAUGUACAUCAACCCGCCCAAACAGUGGUGGGAUGAGGGGGACAUAUCCGCUCCUAUCAGGACUCCCGCCAUGAUCGGCUGCUCCUUCGUGGCCAACCGCGAUUUGCAAACUACUGAGCUCUUUUUAGUGCUGAUGGUAAGACUCCUUGCCCUUCUGCAGAGCCACGGUAUUGAUUACGGGGAUAUCUCUCAGAGGGUCGAGCUGAGGAAGAGUCUACAGUGUAAGAGCUUUGAGUGGUACCUCGACAAUGUUUACCCAGAGAUGAGGAGGUACAACGACACGCUGUACUACGGCGAGAUCCGUAAUUCUAAAGCGAGCCACCUGUGUGUGGAUCAGGGCAUGAAGGAGAACCACACGGCCACCCUGCACCCUUGCCACGGAUGGGGUCCUCAGUUGGGACGUUACACCAAAGAGGGUCAGCUGUUCCUGGGCCCUCUGGGCAGCACCGGGGACGACACUCGCUGUGUGGUGGACGAUCAGAUCAGCAGCUUUCCUCAGCUCCUCAACUGUGACAAGUUGACCAACGUGAAGCAGAAGACCUGGCAUUUCUCUCAGAAUGAAUCGUUGAUAAAUCGCGCCACGGGACGCUGCCUGGAGGUGGUACCGGCCAACGUUUACUUCGGCCACCUGCUCGUGCUGCAGCCCUGCUCCGGGCAGAGGUGGACCAUCAAGAACACCAUGAAGCAGUAGUCAACUCGCCCAUUUCACUGGGACCAGUGACACCGGAGGACAUUUUCAGAGACUGUCUUCUGACCUCGGCUCAGACAAGGAACAACUGAUGGGGGGGAACAGGCUCUCUCCUCUUCUCAAUAAAAAAGACAGAGGUGGUUUGAAGGAGAUUUGAGCGGUCAACAUCUCAGUCAUACGAGGGUUGUGAAGAAUGUUUUCACAAAGUAGACAUUUAAACGAUGCAAAUGUAUCAUAAGGACUGAACUUAACAGACUUUCCAUGUGACAUUGCCAUGAUUCCUCUGCUACGUCUCCACCAUGUUUUUAGGUGUAACGAUGGCGAUGUAAUUAGCCCAAACUAUGUUCUGUCCUAUGUAGAGGCGGGAGGAGGAGUGACCAUCUUCACUCUUCAAAUGUUUCUGCAUCAUUU